ACACGUAUUUUUGCGCGCAAUUGAAACAAAAAUUUUGUAUAUAGAGCCACAGGCCGUCUGGAAUUAUUGAUUAAACUGGUAGAAAUGUCAGGUUUUGUUUAUAAAGAGGUGAACGGGGACUUGUUCAGCGUUAAGGCCGACUAUUCCAUGUGCCAUUGCGUGGGUGCCGACUUGCGUAUGGGCAAAGGGAUCGCUGUCAAGUUUCGCACUAAAUUUGGUCAGCUGCUGACACUGCAGAGGCAGAAUAUCCAACCGGGUGGAGUGGCCAUCCUUAAGGAUCAGGAGCGUUUCGUCUACAAUCUCGUUACCAAGCCAACAAGCUGGGGCAAGCCCACCUAUCAGCUACUCCACAGCUCCUUGACCGCCAUGCGGCUGCAUAUGAUGGCCCACAAUGUGCACAAGCUGGCCAUGCCCCGCAUUGGAUGCGGCCUGGACGGACUCUCGUGGAUGAAAGUGAAAGAAAUGGUCUGCGAGAUUUUCCAAUCGGAUGCUAUUGAACUAGUUGUAUACAAUUAUGUGCCAGGUGCAGUCAAACAGUAAACUGGCAUCAUGUUUUAAAUGUAGUAA